AUGAUGAAAUUCAAAACAUAUUUUGCAUAAGAUAAAUUGUAGCAUAACAUGAUUAUGUUCAUUUUAUGUGUUCUUUAUAAUUCGUUCAAAGAUGGAAAUUUUUUUUCCUUGACAGCUCUAAGAUAAAGAUUAACUUGCGGAGAUAUGGGAUUCAGAAAUAUCAAGUCUGAGACAUCUGGGAAUCCAAUGUGGAAAUCCCACGCAUGCAGCAAAUUAAAGGACGUCUGCUAGCUCAGGCAAAUCAAAGCACGUUUGCUUCGUCAUCGGAGCAGACGAUCGAUCGUAGCGCAUGGCUUUUGACUCAGUGCUGUCGUCUAAGCACGUCUGCGUCGUCGGCGCUGGGCCCACCGGCCUCGUCUCAGCCCGUGAGCUCCUCAGGGAAGGCCACUCCGUCGUCGUGCUAGAGCAGAACCACGACCUCGGCGGCCAGUGGCUCUACCAAGAUGCCGCCUCCGCCACGGCCACGGUCCACAGCAGCGUCUACGCUUCCUUGCGCCUCAACGCCCCCAGAAUUUACAUGGAGUUCACCGACUUCAUGUUCACUCCCGUCGAAGGAAGAGACACCAGGAACUUCCCCGGCCACCGCGAGCUCUUCCUCUACCUCAAAGACUUCGCCCGGUGUUUCGGGUUGAACGAACUCAUCAGGUUCAACACAGAAGUAGUCCACGUCGGCAUGGCGGCAGCAACUGGCAAAUGGAUUGUGAGAUCAAGGGACAGGAGAACUGACGAUGGUGAGUUCGUGGAAGAGAUCUUUGAUGCGGUUGUCAUCGCCACCGGCCAUUUCUCCCUACCCAGGCUCCCAAAAAUCAAGGGAAUGGAGGAGUGGAAGAGGAAGCAGCUUCACAGCCAUGUCUACAGAGUCCCAGAGCCAUUCCAAGAUGAGGUGGUGGUGGUCGUUGGUGGUUCACUCAGUGGAUCAGAGAUUGCUCUGGAGCUUCUUCAUGUAGCCAAAGAAGUCCAUAUAAGUACUAAACACUCCGAAAUCCCUCAUAAAUUUGUGAAGCCUGUGGCCAAGUAUGCACAUCUGCUCUGGCACCAACAGAUUGAGUUGCUUUGUGAAGAUGGAACUGUUCUAUUUGCUGAUGGUUCAAGUGUAGUUGCUGAUAUUAUUCUCUACUGUACUGGGUAUUCAUAUUCAUUCCCAUUCCUGGACACCAAAGGAGUCAUCCAUGUGGAUGAGAACAGAAUUGGACCUUUGUAUGAACACACAUUUCCUCCCUCUCUCGCUCCAUCCCUUUCUUUCGUUGGGAUUCCAAACAAGUUUAUCAUCUUUCGAUUUUUUGAGUCACAAGGGAGAUGGAUAGCUCAGGUGCUCUCUGGGAAGAGGAAGCUGCCUUCGGCAGAUGAGAUGAUGAAGGCAAUCGAAGAAGUCGAACGCCAUCAAGAGCUUGAGGAACCAAAAAAUUUCAUACAAGUAAUUGCUGAAUUAUUGGAGUACUAUGAUAGGUAUGGAGAUCAAUGUGAUUUUCCACAUUUGGAAGAUUGGAGAAAAGAGAUCAGUCUGAAGUUCUUCGAAAAUAGCAUAAACAAUAUUGAAACAUUCAGGGAUGAAUAGUAAUGAUGCUAAUUCAACAGCGGAGAUAUCUGGGAAGCCAAUCCUAAUUGUGAGUGGCCAUCGCUACAAAAUCCACAUCGAAGACACUCGAUUCAUUGAGUCAAAUGUGGCUGCUAUAAUAUUUCCCUUUGAAGAAGAUUGUAUGUGAUACCGAUAAGUGAAUCGAGUCAAAUGUGACCGCUAUAAUAUUCCCUUUAAGGAAUGUAUGUGAUACCGAUAAAUGAAUGCUAGAAUAAAUAUCUCUCAUAAUUUAUUUUUUC